AUGCAACAAUCAUGUAAAGAAUGUUUUCAAGCACUUGGUUGUUUCGACUAUAACGCCGCAAAUAAGCUUGUAAAUAAACCAUUCAAGUUAUGUCCAGGAGCAGGGUGCGUCUUUGCUACUUUGACAAAAUGCGAAUUAACUUACACCUCUUUAGAAUUUUUGAAAAGCAAAUUAUUUCGAAAAGAUGAUUUCCUUGUCACUCAAUAUAUAGAAGCCGUAAAAGAAAUUCAAAAUGCCGUAAAAACACUGAGAGCAUCACCAAAUGGAACUGAUCCGUUGGAUGUGGAGUAUUUUAUUGAUCUUAGUGACGGUUUACAAGAGUUCAUGGCAAUUCGUCUAGCUCAGAUUCGCAUAAUAAUACAGAACGCGUUUAUGGAUCAAAAGAAUGAUACAAUUGUUAAAGAAAUCGAAUCUCUCAAGGAAAAGGUAAAUACAUACCAACUCAAAAAGAAAAUGGGACCGUUGGGCAUUGGCGUUGAACACGAAUUGGUCAUGUUUCAUAAUUUGCUUAUGGCGCACAAUGCAAUUGUCAGUUAUAAUUUCAAAGAUGCAACGAUUUUCAUGUACACUGCCAAGAUGGAGUUGAAUGCGUGGCGGGAAUUAUGCUCAAAUCAAAAUUAUUCUGAGAAAUCCACAAAUAAACCCGAAGAGACAUCAAGGGGUUUAUCUUGGCAUAGCUUUUUUUCGACAAACCCCGAGAAACAAUCUAAGGGCGGAAAACGUGAUGACUCACCGAAUUAUAUGCAAUGGCUGAGAAAAUUUCAUUCUAGUUUAACCGCAAAGAUGACAUUAUAUUUUAUGAAUGUUUUAUUGGAUCGAGAGACAAAUACUGGCGGCGAUUUGAAAUCACUUUGGAAAAAGGUUGAUUCAGAUGAUUAUCAUGGACUGUGGGUGUUAUUUGUUUUUCUGUAUCUCGAUGAGUCUGUUGCCUUGAUUUACGAAGUAACAGAUGAUGUUAAAUUCCAUAGCGAAGGGUAUGUUUGUGCCGGUGUACCUUAUGAGAAACCUACAGGAAAAAAAUCGUUUCCUUUUAUUUACUCUAAUCCGAAGGAACGUCCUAAAGAACACUGGCCAAACAUUAUUUCAAUUAUGCAAAGUCACGAUCCUGUAAAAUCCACACCAUUUCAUCGAAGCACGCCAAUUCAUUUUUACGACAAGGGAUUUGGUAGCACGUAUUAUAUGAUACGUGUAGAUGCUCAUGUUGGUCUCGUGAUCAUAUAUAUGGAAAAACAUGCUACACCCGACACCGCUGCUUUUGAAUUUAUUAUGAUGUUAGCAAAUAAAUUGAGCGGCGUUGAUAUUGUGUUAAGUUUACAAAAAUUCAACGAUUAA